AUGGGCGGGUUCUGUUAAAGCAGGUUAUUCUUCUGUUUUGGCCCCUUAUUUCCACCUGGGUUCAGGGGGCAGAGAAAAUAGAUAGUUGUCAACUAUAAGUUCUAGAAAUGUUGAGUAGUUUAGGGAGCGCUGGUGGGAAGUCUGCCAAACCUUCGUUUGUUUCUUAUGUGACGCCCGAGGAAAUCAAGUCAGAGAAGGAACCCUCCAGAAAAGAGAAACAUCCAGACUUGUUACCAGGUGGAAAAGUUCCUCCUCUCUCCAGAACCUGGAGUUUCCUUCAUGAUUGAAACAUUUGGCAUCAAGUUGAUUUGCUCAAAAAACUCCUGUCUGUCUCCUGUUGUCUGUCUUGUUGUCUCUGUCUCCUGUCGUCUGUGUCUUGUUGUCUCCUGUCGUCUCUGUCUGUCUCCUGUCUGUCUCCUGUCGUCUGUCUGUCUCCUGUUGUCUGUCUGUCUCCUGUCGUCUGUCUGUCUCCUGUCGUCUGUCUCUGUCCCAUCUACAGGUGAGGUAGUGUUCUGCAGUGCCAGCACAGUGUUGAAAUACACUCAGGAUGACCUGUCACAGCGAGGCGUCUUCGGGGUGCUGCUCUGCACCAACUUCAGAGUGUCCUUUGUCAGUGACGAGGCGCCCACUGAGGAGAUGGGCCAGCUCUUCAAAAAUAAACUCUACGGAGAAAAUGACAUCCCUCUUUCGUGUGUGGAUAACAUCUAUGGAGGUUCUGAAGACAAGAGGAAGCUGAUAACAGGAGGCCUGGUGAAGAACAAGUAUCCAUCAAAGAUGAUCAUCCACUGUAAAGACCUACGGGUGUUUCAGUUCUCUCUGUCCUUCUCUAAAGAGGAAGAUGCCAAAAAGAUCUUCCAGGGGAUUGUCCACCACUGUCUGGAGCCCAAGUCCCUGAGAUGUCUCUUUGCCUUCUCCUACUGCGAGAACACCUCGUAUCCAGAGGCGCAGAGGAAAAAGCAGACUGUGAUGUUUGACUCCGUGGAGGACUGGACUCAAGACAUGAAGAGAACUAAAGGAAACUGUAGAGUGGUGUCGGAGAACAGCAACUUCGAGCUCUCUCCAAAGUUGCCUCAGUAUUUUAUAGUCCCAAAAAACGUCUCGGACGAAGACUUGACUAAGUACCAGGGAAAGGGAUUACCGAUGUGGUGCUGGUCUCAUCAUAGCGGCUGUGCCUUGUUUAAAACCGCCUCUAUACCCCUGGUACAAGAGGACAACGUCCCACAAACCUACAUGGAGAAAAUGUUGACGGCAGUGGCUCACAACCACCUGUACUCCGUAAAGACAGAAGACCUGUCCGACACACUGCCCACCGUUCAGGACAUCCUGUUGUCUUACAACAGAUUCAAACAGUUCUUUCUCAUCGACAAUACAACAGAGUUCUGGAUGUCCGAUAUGAAAUGGUUCUCUUCACUGGACAACUGUGGAUGGCUGGACAUCAUCAGACAGUGUCUCCAGAAGGCCGUGGAGGUAGUUGAGAGCCUGGAAAAAGAAAACACCAAUGUUCUCAUUAUGGAGGAGGGCGGUUCAGACCUGUGCUGUGUGGUCUCCAGCCUGGUCCAGUUGAUGUUGGACCCCUACUACAGAACUCUUCUGGGCUUCCAGAGUCUGGUGCAGAAGGAGUGGGUAGCAGGAGGACAUGCUUUCCUGGAUCGCUCCAACCAUCUACACCUCAAGGACAAGGUGGAGAGCCAGUCUCCAGUGUUCCUGCUCUUCCUGGAGUGUGUGUGGCAGCUACAGCAGCAGCAUGGUCCGGCCUUCCAGUUCUCAGAGACCUACCUGACCGUGCUGUCUGACAGCAUCCAUGUUCCGGUCUUCACCACCUUCCUCUUUAACAAUGACGGCCACAGAGACAGCUUACUCAGGGCCGAGUCGCCCCACACACAAAGAAGCCCAUUGAACUGCCCUACAGUGUGGGACUGGUCGGUGCAGUUUGACUGCAAGGCACAGGAUCUCUUCACUAACCCUUUGUAUACCGAGAAGCCCAAGCAGGACACGUCUGUGAGGAAAUCAUACAGGCCCAGGCACCUGCGUCAGCUGUCCCUGCCAAGCUCAGCCUUCAAGACCCCCCCUAAGAAGGGCUUCUUUAAAGACGAGGCGGACAACCUGAAGAAAAUCCUUGGUGUAAAGAGGCUCAGUCGCUGGAUGCUGUCUCCUUCCUCAGAUUCCCCUCAGACCUCGUCUUCAGUCAGGGAGUUCUACGAGGCGUGGCAGACUAAACCAUUGGACUACCACGGUCUGCUGCUGCCCUGCCUGGACGGUCCCUCCAUACGCGUCUGGAUGCAGAGGUACCUGCGCUGGAUCCACGACGUCCAGAUCCUAGGAGGGGGUCCAGUGGCCAUGCUGAGUAAAGUCUCUGAGAUACUGGGGGAGGUUCAGGAGCUGCAGAGACAGCUCGAUCGCCACGGCUGCACUUUAACCUCCAACCACAAGGGGGCGAGGCCAAGGGCCAAGACAGCGGCGGCGGUGAUCGCAGCCAGGUCUUCGGUGAGGCUGUCGUCGUCGUUCCCCUUCGUGACGUCAAGGAACUGGUCGUUCAAACCGGCCAUACCGACCAGCCUGCUUCAGAGUCUCAUGGUGACCGGGAUGGCAGGAAACCUGGCCGAUAGAGAGGAUGAUGGUGGCCCGGAGUCUCUGGUCUAGGAUACACACAGUCCCCCUGUCUAUCACAAACCCAAUGGGGAGGUUUGGUUGGAGGCCUGUUACUGUACCUACGUACACCGGGACCUAAAGUGUUGGACCUGUCGUGGUGCUCACUGCUCAAAGCCAUCGGUGACAGGACCAUCAUGUUCCUGCUUUAGACAGAGAAGGCCAUAGCUAUAUAUCCUAAUACCAUUUGUGCACUACUGUUGUGAGCCUGUUGCUUACAAACAAAACUGUGACUAUGUCCCGUCUCUUGCUUAAAGGAAAUGGCAUCUUUAAAGAAUUCCUAGCUGUCCAUAGUUGACUACUGUCCUGUUAAGAACCAUAGAGCUGUCCGGUCUAAAACACAUAACUACUGUAAAGCACUGAAUAAUGAAUGACCAUUUGUAUGCCCUUUUUUUAAUCAAAUAAAAAAUGCUAGUCUCUCGAUGGGAA